AUGGCCUCUUCUGGUGUCGCAGGACUCCCCGCAGCCGGCGUCGGCAGCCUCGCCACGCUCCUCAAGCGCCUCGAGGCCGCCUGCAGCCGACUUGAAGACGUCGCCCUCACCUCGGCGAGCGGCGCCCCCCUCUCGAACGCGUCCGCUGUUGGAGCGGCCGGCAUCCCCCCGCCCGCGGCCGCCCCCUCGUCGUCCUCGUCGUCGGCCGCCGUCGCAGCGCCGCAGCAGCAGGACGAGGUCAAGCUCGCGCCGAGCGUCGAGGCGUUCCAGGAGCUCGUCGACGGGCCUUUGACCAAGUACAUCAGCCUCAGCAAGGACCUCGGCGGCCUCAUUGAGCAGCAGUCGCAGCAGGUCGCCAACGCGUUCAUCGCCCAGAAGGACUUUGUCCAGCUCGCGACGGCGUGCAAGAAGCUGUCGGCCUCGGACCCAAAGUACCAGUCGCUCAUCGGGCCGACCCAGACGGCCCUGCUCGCCGUCAUCGACGUCAAGGAGAAGAACCGCGCGAGCAAGGAGAGCAACCAGCUCACGGUCGUCAGCGAGGGCAUCCCGGCGCUCGGCUGGGUCACCCUUGACGCCAAGCCUGGUCCCUAUGUCGGCGAGUUCAAGGACAGCGCCAUGUUCUGGGUCAACCGCGUCAUCAAGGAGCACAAGGAGUCGAACCCGAAGCAGGUCGAGUGGGCCCGCAGCUUUGUCGCGCUCCUCGAGGACCUGCGCAAGUACAUUAUGGCGCACCACACGACGGGCUUGACGUGGAACCCCAAGGGAGCCGACCCGACGACGUACAAGCCGUCCGCCUCGGCCUCUGCCGCCCCCGCUUCGGGCGGCGCCCCUCCUCCCCCUCCCCCUCCUCCUCCUCCCGCCGCCCCGGCCCCUCCUCCUCCGCCUCCCGCAGGCGGCGCUACCGCACCCGCACCUGCCUCGACCUCGAGCGGCGGCGGCGGCGACAUGUCGUCCGUGUUUGCGGCGCUCAACCAGGGCGAGGGCGUCACCAAGGGCCUCAAAAAGGUCGACAAGAGCGAGAUGACGCACAAGAACCCCGAGCUGCGCGCUUCGGGCGCCGUGCCGGCUACCGCGGCGAGCAAGGGCCCGGCCAAGGCGCCCAAGCCGGCGGCGAUGCAGAAGAAGCCCGUCAAGACGGAGCUCGACGGCAACAAGUGGAACAUCGAGAACCACGAGAACGAGCGCGGGAUCGUCAUCGAGCAGACCGAGAUCAACCAGACGGUCAACGUGUUCAACGUCAAGGGCUCGAUCAUCCAGGUCAAGGGCAAGGUCAACGCCAUCUCGCUCGUCAACUGCCCCAAGACGUCGAUCCUGGUCGACUCGACCGUGUCGUCGCUGAGCGUGUCCAACUCGCCGUCGUUCACGGUCCAGAUCCUCGGCAAGUGCCCGACCAUCCUCCUCGACGGCAACGACGGCGGCCAGGUCUACCUCUCGCGCGAGUCGCUCGCGUGCGAGAUCGUGUCGGCAAAGUGCUCGGCCCUCAACGUGAGCCUGCCCGUCGACGGCGAGGACGACGGCGUGUUUGAAGAAAAGGCCGUCCCCGAGCAGCUCAAGACGGUCGUCAAGGACGGAAAGCUCGUCACGACGGUUGUCGAGCACUCGGGCUGAGGGUCGUCGUUGUCGUAGCCCCCCUCUUUGUCCAGCAGUGUAGAAAUGCAGCCGUGUCUCUCUCUCUCUC